UCUCCUUAUCCUUUCCUUCUGCGCCGCCCAAUCCCUCUGCUUUUGAGGCCUCCGACCACCAUCCCUCCAUGGCUCCCCGCCUUCCAAGGUCACACGAGCGCCUCAACCUGCACUCUAUGAUGUGGAUCUGUACCCGCCGGCCACCACCAUCCAUGGCUCCUCCGCUACUGGGACACGGCGUCGUCCCAUCUCCGUUCUGGAUAUCACCAUGCGACACCAACGCUUGUCCUCCUCCUCCACCAUGGCCCUGCUCAGACCACGCCGCCAUCGAUGCCACCGUUGAGAAUCCACCCCAACUCGAGCAGUUCACCGGCGUCAUGGAGGAAGCGCUAAGCAGCUGCAUUGCAAAUAUGAGGAACAUCAUCCGUGCAAGAAGUUCAGAUUCACUCGACGGCAAGAAAUAGUGUCAUAUUUUUCUUCCAAAUAGUAUGUACCAUUCCCCACAUUGAUACUUAUGAUCACCCAUUUGAUAUCUCCUUUUCCUAGUUACAGUUCAUCCAGGUCAGGAGUAGGAUUUAAGGUUCAUGAUCCAACUAUAAGAGACGUGUAAAAUCCUUUGCCCUUGACAUGGUAUGGUACAUUCUGCUAUUUCCCUACCUGUCUCCAAAUUCAUGUAUUGAUUAAUUUUGAUUCAAGUUUUCUAUCUUGCAAGAUCAUGCUAUCUUCAAUAUGCUCAAGAACAUCUGAAAUGCACCUAGACAUUAUAUUUCAGAGUAUUGACAAUGAAACUGUACCAGGAAAGGAUUAUUACCAGCAGCUUUGCUCAAGAUAUGAAUGCUCUGUUAUAACAAUGAACAAGCCAGGGAUACGUUCAGGGGCUCCUAUCAUGGGCCAUACUAUAUGUCAUCUUAAUUUAGUUACUCCUUUUACUACUUGCUUCUUGGAAUU